CCUCCAAUCUUCAUUGAGUAUUACCGUUGACUGGAAUUUAACCGUUAUAUAUACAUACAGUACCUACCUACCUACCUACCUACAUACCUACCUGAGUAUUCUACGCCGCGAAUCCCAUAUACCGAAAAGAAGAAGGAACUAGGCCCUGUUCUUUUUCUCCUCUUCAAUAUAAAAAUAAUUAUUAUUGAGGUGUCCAUUCCUCCACCCGCCUAUCUGCUACUCGCUACCUGACACCCGUGAACCUCUCCCUACUACGUACCUAGUAGGUAGGUAUAUACCUAGGUAUAUAUAACACAUAUACCGGUCACGGUUCCAUCCGCCGCGAUGAAAUCCGCCAAACUAUUCUACCUAUCACUAUUUGCGCUCUGGGAAACCCCCGGCCAAUGUAAAGGCAAAGAACCUCCGGAGGAUGCAUGCGCAAUAUCUCCUCGCGCCAUCGUCUCUGACGCCUGUGCUUCUUAUUCCACGCUCGAGAGACUGAAUAGCCAAGUCAAACCUGUCCUAGAUGAAUUAACCAGAGAAACCGACUUCUUUUCCCACUACCGCCUCAACCUAUUUAAUAAAAGAUGUCCUUUCUGGAACGACGAGAAUGGCAUGUGUGGCAACAUUGCAUGUGCUGUGAACACGAUAGACAACGAAGAAGAUAUACCCAAAAUAUGGAGAGCAAGCGAAUUAAGUAAGCUAGAAGGGCCCUCGGCAAAGCAUCCUGGGAAAAAGGCACAAAAAGAGCGACCAAAGAAGCCUUUACAGGGCUUGCUAGGAGAGGAUGUUGGCGAGAGUUGCGUGGUAGAGUACGACGACGAAUGCGACGAGCGAGAUUACUGUGUGCCAGAAGAUGAAAGCACAAGCAGCAAGGGCGACUAUGUCAGCUUAGUCCAUAACCCUGAGCGUUUCACGGGCUACGCCGGCGAAGGUGCCAAGAUGGUGUGGGAUGCCAUCUACCGGGAAAACUGUUUCCAAAAAUCUUCCUUUCCCCAUUCUGCCUCUCUUGGGAUCAGUCCUGUAGCCAAGGGGCCGGCGGCGCAAGAUUUCCGCAACGUACUCCAAGAUGCGGAGCGACAGCACAUGAUACAGCAACAUCAGCAAAACCCAAGCACUACAUUUACGCAAACUGGGUUGGAGACGGAGGGCGAAUGUCUAGAAAAACGCGUUUUCUACCGUGUGAUAUCUGGCAUGCACGCGAGCAUCAGCACCCAUCUCUGCUGGGACUUCUUGAAUCAAACUACCGGCGAAUGGCAGCCCAACUUAGGUUGUUAUAAAGGCCGACUACACACCCACCCUGAGCGAAUCUCCAACUUGUACUUCAACUACGCACUUCUUACCCGCGCAAUUGCCAAGAUUGGUCCUCAUUUGCAAAGCUACACAUUCUGUACGGGAGAUCCGGAGCAAGACGCUGCUACCAAGGCCAAAGUUCUUGCUGUGACUCAAGGCGCGGCUUCUGUCCCUCAGAUCUUCGACGAGAGCCUCAUGUUCAAAAACGGCGAGGGCCCAUCCUUGAAGGAGGACUUUAAAAACAGAUUCCGGAAUGUUAGCCGGGUUAUGGACUGCGUGGGUUGUGAUAAGUGUAGGCUCUGGGGUAAAUUGCAGACUGCCGGGUAUGGCGCAGCUCUCAAAGUCUUGUUCGAAUUUGACAAUGACAGCGAGGAUAUCCCGGUGCUGCAACGCACGGAGCUUGUCGCCCUAUUCAAUACCUAUGCUAGGCUAAGCAGCUCUAUGAGGGCUCUUGUCGGUUUUAGGAGCAUGGUAGAGGCCGAGGAAAAGCCCAACGUGGACACGAUCCCCGAUCGGGCCAAGAAACCACAUGCAGUCGGCAUCUCGCAGAGUCGACCAGAGGCUACCUCAGAGACUGCUCAAGAGGUUGACCAAGAGCCCGACAAUGACGAUGAAUGGGAUGUGGAAGACGAUGUGCCGCCGAAACGAGAGCGCCCCCAGCCGACGGUUGGUGAGGCCUUCAACGAAGAAUUCUCCAGGGUAAUGAAGGCGUUCAAACUUGUUUUGAAAGGCUGGGUUACCUUUCCAAAGACUAUGUUUUUGAUCGCUCUGUCGGAGCUGAACCGUCUCUGGCAAUUCUUCAUCGGGCUGCCGGUUUCACCUCGCAACUGGAGACUGGAGCGGCCCAGUCUAGACGAGCUAUGAAGGAAAUAAAUCUUGCAUACCUAGCUCGGAUUUUUGAUGGGGAAAAAAAGCGUAUACAGGAUUUGACUCUGGCGUUUCUCUUAUACCUGCAGCAAUACUGGCGAAAAGCACCAUAGCUUGCAUCCAUGGGACGGAGUUUUGUUUGUUUUGGGCUUGGGUUUUGUGUGUUUGGGCUACCUACCUACCUACCUACUCAAGCGUUGGAAUUUGUAUUCCAGACAAGUAUUGGUGUAUAGAUUAUUACUAUUACUAUGUGCAUAGCAAAUACACCUAGUUUAUAGAUACCUACUUAUACAUAUAAAUAUCCUACAAA